AUGCGCCUCAUCCCCCUCGCCGUUUCGGUUGCGCUUGUCGCUCCGGGACUGGUAGCAGCCAUGUACGUUAGACUCCGCACCCAUGUCCCAGCACUGGGAAUGGGCGCCGCCGGUGAUGGUCACACCUGGCUGCUCAUGUCGACAUCCAACCGUCACGACUACGUCCUCGUCGGCACUGAAAGUGAUGCCGCGAAUCCGUCGUGGGAGUCAGGAAACGCUUCCUUCAGGCACACUUCGGACGAGAUGAUCGUUGACUGCCACCUUGACGCCUAUGACUACAAUGGCGAUCUAGGCGAUUUUGUCUACGACCUUGCCAGCUUGUCUGACACCAAUGCCCACCCAUGUGGCGAUUUCCACGGUGUGAGGUUGAUCUGCGGAGAUGUGAUUGGAGCGAAUGGUCAGGUCGUCCCUGGAGCUAGGCAGAUGUGCACGGGAUAG